CACUUCUUCUCUUCCAUUUCCAAAUAGCAAUAAUGGUGCUGCUUCUGUUGCCUUCCUCUUGAAAAUUUUCAGUUAUGCUAUAAUUGACAAGAAGCUGUGUGCGUCGGGUGAGUCAGGCAAUCAGUAUCCUCCUGCUCCUCCUCCUCCUCCUUCCACAUUUCCGUUUCCAUUUAUUACUACCACUCCACUUGCACAAUAAUAGUAAUAACUCUUCCAUAGUUUCUUCUUCUUUCUCAUACCCCAAAAUGAAAAUGAAAAUGAAAAUGGAAGCUGCUGCUGCCUUCUCAUCAGCUUCAAAAUGUGCCUUCUUCAUCUUCUGCAUUCUCUUCUUCAAUCUAUCCUCCUCCAUCCAUUUUGUCCACUGCACUGUCACUUACGAUAGCAGAGCUCUCGUCAUCAACGGCCACAGAAGGAUCCUCUUCUCCGGUUCCAUUCAUUACCCAAGAAGUACCCCUGAUAUGUGGGCCGAGCUCAUACAAAAGGCAAAGGAAGGGGGAUUAGACGCAAUAGACACUUAUGUAUUUUGGAACCUCCAUGAACCCUCCCCUGGAACUUACAAUUUCGAGGGAAACUGUGACCUAAUUAGGUUCGUCAAAUUAGUCCAACAAGCAGGGAUGUACCUCCAUCUCCGCCUUGGCCCUUACGUCUGUGCAGAAUGGAAUUUUGGAGGAUUUCCUGUUUGGUUGAAGUACGUUCCAGGCAUUAGUUUCAGAACUGACAAUGGACCUUUCAAGAUGGCGAUGCAGAGAUUUACUGAGAAAAUUGUUGGAAUGAUGAAGAGUGAGAGGCUGUUUCAAUCUCAGGGAGGCCCUAUUAUUCUUUCCCAGAUUGAAAACGAGUACGGUCUCGAGAGCAAGAAUUUUGGGGCUGCUGGUCAUGCAUACAUGUCUUGGGCGGCAAAAUUGGCUGUCGGGUUGGAGACUGGUGUGCCAUGGGUUAUGUGCAAAGAAGACGACGCACCAGAUCCAGUGAUCAACACAUGCAAUGGAUUUUACUGUGAUUAUUUCUCCCCAAACAAGCCGUACAAGCCCACAAUGUGGACAGAGGCUUGGACCGGAUGGUUUGAAGAGUAUGGAGAGCCAGUUCAUCAUCGCCCUGUUGAGGAUUUGGCAUUUGCAGUUGCACGAUUCAUCCAAAAAGGGGGCUCCUUUGUAAACUACUAUAUGUAUCAUGGAGGAACUAAUUUUGGUAGAACUGCCGGAGGGCCGUUUAUCACUACAAGCUAUGAUUACGAUGCUCCUAUCGAUGAAUAUGGCUUACUUAGACAACCAAAGUACGACCAUCUAAAGGAAAUGCAUAAGGCGAUAAAGUUAUCUGAGCAAGCUCUGCUAAAUGGAGAUCAUACUAUUAAGGCUUUGGGUAACUAUGAGCAGGCUCAUGUAUAUUCUUCCAAGUCCGGUGAUCAAUGUGCAGCCUUCUUGUCGAAUUUCCACUGGGACACGCACGCGCAGGUGUCAUUCAAUAAUCGGAAAUAUGAUCUGCCUCCCUGGUCAAUCAGCAUCCUCCCUGACUGCAAGAAUGUUGUUUUCAACACUGCUACGGUUAGAUCCCCAGCAUCAUGGGCCCAAAUGCUGCCGACGAAUGCCAGAAUGCUUUCAUGGGAGACAUACAGCGAAGAUGUUUCUGCAAACAAUGAUAAGAGGUUUGCAGUCUUGGGUCUUUUGGAGCAGUUGAAUGUCACUAGGGACACAAGUGACUACUUAUGGUACACAACGAGUGUUACAAUAAGCCCAUCUGAAUCGUUUCUACACGGAGGGAAGUGGCCAGAUCUGACUGUCGAUUCCGAAGGCCAUGCCUUGCACAUGUUUGUGAAUGGGCAGCUGUUGGGAUCGGCAUUUGGGACUCGAGAAAAUAGAAGAUUCUCACUUACACGAGCUGUCAAUUUACAUGCUGGAAUAAACAGCAUUGCUCUGCUCAGCGUAGCAGUUGGGUUGCCGAACAUCGGCCAUAGAUUUGAAACAUGGAACACUGGCGUCCUAGGACCUGUUGUCUUACGUGGGGUGGACCACGGAUCAUGGGACUUGUCGAGUCAACAAUGGUCUUACAAGGUUGGACUGAAUGGAGAAACGGCGAACAUCGUGUCCCCAAGCCAAAGUUCUUCUGUUGACUGGAUGAAAGGGUCUCUUGCAGCCAAGCAACGUCAGCCUCUUACAUGGUACAAGGCGUACUUCAAUGCACCGGUAGGGAAUUCGGCGUUGGCAUUAGACCUGAGCAGCAUGGGGAAAGGGCAAGCAUGGGUGAACGGGCAGAGCAUUGGGCGAUACUGGAGUGCUUUGGCGAGAGGGCACUGCAGCGGAGAGUGCAGCUACGCAGGGACAUAUCGGCAGGGGAAGUGCCAGCACGGCUGCGGAAAGCCUACUCAGGCAUGGUACCAUGUUCCUCGGGCAUGGCUCAAGCCCACACAGAAGAAUAUGCUCAUAGUUUUUGAGGAAAUCGGAGGUGAUGCUUCCAGGAUCUCUCUGCUUCAGAGAUCCAUCAAAUAAAAUGUACAUAUACAUACAUACUUACUUACUUCACCACUGCACUGCUGCCUGCUGCCAUGCCAUGCCAUCUCCAUCUCCAUCUCCAUCUCUGUAUGUAUGUUACUAUGCAUUGUGGUAUAUUUAUUUAUUGGAUAGCCUAGCUAGCUAGCUAGCUAGGUUCACACAAAGUAAAGGUGAUAUGAAUACGAAUACGUAUAUAUAUACCGUUUGAUUGUGUUCAA